GGAAACGAGGAAGUGUCGGUGAACGCCAGGGAGCUUUUCGCCAGAGGCUCCGACAAAAUGCACCUUUUAUCCCUCGUCGUGUUCGUCUCCUGGUUCGGUUCGGGUAAAACCUCCGGAGAGGACGAGCCCAUUCAAACAUUUGUGAUUCCUCACAGCCACAUGGAUGUGGGCUGGGUGUACACCGUCCAGGAGAGCAUGCGCGCCUAUGCGGCCAACGUGUACAGCAGCGUGACGGAGGAGCUGUCAAAGGUGAAGGAGCGCAGGUUUAUCUCCGUGGAGCAGGAGUUUUUCAGACUGUGGUGGGACUCGGUGGCCACAGACACCCAAAAGAAACAAGUCCGGCAGCUCGUGAAAGAACGUCGUCUGGAGUUCAUCAUCGGAGGCCAAGUGAUGCACGAUGAGGCGGUGACGGACCUAGAAGACGAGAUCUUGCAGCUGACCGAGGGCCACGGCUUCCUGUACCAAACGUUCGGCGUGCGUCCGCAGUUCUCCUGGCACGUGGAUCCGUUCGGCGCCUCGGCCACCACGCCGGUGCUGUUCUCCCUGGCCGGGUUCAACGCUCACCUCAUCUCUCGCAUCGACUACGACCUCAAAGACAGCAUGCAGAAAAACAAGAAACUGCAGUUUGUGUGGAGAGGGUCUCCCUCUUUGAAAGCCCAACAGGAGAUCUUCACACACACCAUGGACCAGUACAGCUACUGCACGCCGUCUCACAUACCGUUCUCAAACAGAUCCGGUUUCUACUGGAACGGCGUCGCUUUGUUCCCGGACCCCCCCAAAGAUGGAGUCUACCCCAACAUGAGCCUCCCCGUCACCAAGGAGACGGUGCACGCGUACGCUCAGACCAUGGCGGAAAACAUCAAGCAGAGGGCGGCGUGGUUCAGGACCAACCAUUUGCUCUGGCCUUGGGGCUGCGACAAACAGUUUUACAACUCAUCAGUGCAGUUCAGGAACAUGGACCCUCUGAUGGCGUACAUCAACCAGAACAGCAAGGAGUUCGGCGUAACGGUGCGGUACGCAACUCUGAGCGAGUAUUUCCAGUCAGUCCACCAAUCAAAUCUUACCUGGGAUGUCCGUGGGAGUGAGGAUUUUCUACCAUAUUCGACAGAGCCCCACCAGGCAUGGACGGGGUUUUACGCUUCUAGAAAUGUCCUGAAGGGAGUGGCGAGGCGGGCCAGUUCCCGGCUGCAUGCAGCAGAGACGCUCUUCACCCGGUACCGGAUCAGCUUCCCAGACGGACCGGUAGCCAAAGACUGGGCUCUGGAGAAACUCAGGGCUCUGCGCUGGGCUGUCUCCGAAGUCCAACACCAUGACGCCAUCACUGGUACCGAGUCUCCCAAAGUGGCGGAAAUGUACGUGCAGCACCUGCUGCAAGGCAUGAUGGGAGCUGAGGAGCUGCUAGCCGCGCUCUUCCUGCUGCCGCAGAACCUGGACGUCUCCGGCGUUCCCAGCAGAAGCUUCCAGGGAAAAGGUGCCGGUCAGACUCUGGAGCAACACGUGAUCAUUUACAACCCACUGGCGUGGAACAUCACCUCUGUCGUUAACAUGACUGUAACCUUCCCGAGCGCUGUGGUCCGUGACGACGACGGACAGCCCGUCCCUGCCCAGAUCCAGAGGUCGGCACAGUGCAACGCCUCCUACGACCUCUUCUUUGUGGUGCAGCUCGGCGGCCUUCAGCACAGGAAGUACUCCGUCCAGUUCUCUGAGACGGCGUGUUCCGGGAAGUUCAAGUGCCAGCGCACCCACGAAGCUCAAGGAGUUGCGUUCGAGCGACGGCGUGUGAGGGACUGGAGGAAAACGGGAAGGCGGCUUCUGCCCGUCAUGAACGGCUGCUACAAACUCAUGUUUGACCAGGACACCAACCUCCUGCACAGCGCCACCUACCUCGGCAGAAUGGAGCAAAGGCGAAUCAUGAUGACGCAGGACUUCUGGGAAUACGACGCCAAUGGAGAUGUGAAAGCAGGACCCAUCUCUGAUAACUACAUCUUCAGCGCUAACGGGUCGGCUGUUCGGGCCUACAAGGCCGUGGAAAUGGAGAUAAUCCCGGGAAAGGUGCUCACCGAGAUCAGGCAGCGGUUCUACAGAGAGGACGGCGAUGAGGACUACGCCUACUCGAUCACCACUCGCGUCCCAGAGUAUUCGGAGGCCGGGCCCUGGUGCCACAGGCUGGAGCAGACCUACUCUCUGGGCCCCCUGCGCCUCAACACAGAGGUGGUCCUCAGAACCAGCUCCUCCCUCAACAACAACAGGACUCUGUACUCGGAUGACAAUGGCUACCAAAUGAUGAAGAGAACCUGCAAGAAGUUCCCCAAUAACACUGUAGCAAGGAAUUACUUCCCCAUGGUCCGAACGGCCUACAUCCAGGACAACAUCAGCCGCCUGGUGCUCCUCAGCGACAGAGCUCACGGCGUCUCCAGUCAAGCCGACGGACAGCUAGAGGUGAUGCUCCAUCGCCGACUUUGGAACAACUUGCAGUGGAACCUCGGCUACAACCUCACGCUCAACGACAGCUCGGUUGUGAGGCCCACCCUGUGGAUGAUCCUUGGUUCUGUGGGUGCAACAUCCAAGCUGCACCAGAGGGGGGCGGUAGAGCUGCAGCACAGACCCAUCGUCAUGCCAAUAGACCGGCCUAGUAAGUCCUGGAAGGACAAAGAGCCCAGAUUUAACUCCCCAGUGCCUCCAGUUGUUCUGCCUCCCAGCCUCCACCUGCUCAGCCUCAGCGUCCCAGGAUGGAACUACACCUCAGACCACGAUCUUCACCUCAGCCACCUGCGUUCAGGAAAGGAGUUGCGCCAGGAGCCCGACUACGAGCGGGUUCUGCUGAGAGUCAUGCAUCUGUUUGAGGAGGGAGAGGACCCCGAGCUUUCCAAGCCAGUCACCGUGAACCUAAAAGACGUUUUGAAGGGUUUGGGGGAAGUGCGGGACCUGGAGGAGCGUUCGCUUACAGGAACCUGGAAUAUCACAAGCCUGCAAAGGUGGAAGUGGAAAACUGCAGACACCUCUGGGAAAAAAAAUGACCAACAUAAGAGGAAUCGGGAUUUCAUCGUCACCAUCUCGCCCAAAGAGAUCAGGACCUUCUUCAUUCACUUCAGCUCCAGAAACGAUUAAACAGGCCCGCCUUCUGUCUUCUGUGAAGAUCUCCGCUCCUUUGACAAAUGAUGUUACUUUGGAAGAUUUAAUGCUUUUGCUGCUCAACAAUUCAAUGCAGAUUUUGCACAAUGUGUUGAUUGUCGCUCUCUAAACGGAGAAUAAUGUGCAGGAGUAUGAAUUUGUGACUCAGAGGGAUUAAAAUGAUUAUUUCUUUUC